UUUUUUCUAUUUGCGGUUUGUAUUAUUGAUGCUUAUUGGUAUCGAUACCUACACGCUCCCACUUCAAACAGCUGACUCUGCUCUUCUUCUUUCAAUUUAUUUUCUUGUUUUGAAUAUGAACGACCCAAACAAAGCAAUCAGCGUUAAUUUAUCAUCGCUGCUUAGUUUAAAAGCGGAAUUACAGCGAAAACAGCAUGAAGUCAAACUAGCAAAAGCCACCAAGACGACGGCGAGUGAAUUUAGGCCAAACAAAAUCUCCACCGAUAAGGAAAAGUCAAAAUCUAUUGGCAGCAGCAAAGAGCGUAGUUACAAGGAGAUCAGCCGCAACGAGGAUGUAAAGGUGUAUGAAACGGAGGACUAUGGACAGUUGGACAAAUCUCGGCGUGUGCUGGAGGCAAAGAGUAAAUACUACGAUCGCAUGAGCCGCAGCGGCGGCAGCCUCAACUCUGACGACAAUUGCCUGGUAAUGUUCAAUCGCAAGCGUCAGGAGCAGCAGUGCGAUGGAGAGGAACCGAAACCAAGCUCUACUCCACGAGAUCGGCUGAGCAGCAGCAGCAGUAGCGAAAACGACAGCGCGGGCGGAAAUGCAGCUGUUGGCCACGACGAUGACGAAGUGGAGUACACGGAUUGCCUAGGUCGGACGCGUACAUGCUUACGCAAGGAGCUAAGCGAGGUAAUGCUGCGGGACAAGCAACUGGCAGACAGCAUGCCCGAGCGCUUAGAUCAAACCAAAGCGAAUUGGAUGAUAGACACCAAGGGCACACACAGCAGCAAUCACAGCAGCGACGAGAAUGCAGACGAUGAGCCCUUCUAUGGGCCGCGGCCUACGGAGAGCGUCUUCAGCGAGGCCGUGUCUACGAUGACUAAGCAUGAUGAGCAGCGCGUCACCUGGGAGCGCAAGGAGCUAGAGAAUGUAGAAAAGCCAGAUGUACAUUAUCAGGAUGUGUUCUUCGAUGAGGCGCGCACACAUGGCGUGGGCUACUAUGCCUUCUCCACGGAUGAGGCCGAGCGAAAGCAGCAACAACGCGAGCUGGAGCAGGCGCGUAAGGCCACGCAGGCGGAGCAAAAGCGACGUGACGAAUUGCGUGCCGAGCGCGAUAAAAUCGUUGCGGAUCGCGUGCUGGCUGCCAAAAAUCGGAUUAGAGCACGCAAUGGUCUGCCGCUCAUCAGCAAAGAGGAGUACGAGCGCGAGCAACAGCUCAAGGCGGCCGAGGCUAAACUCGAGGUAACAGAACGCGAGCGCGAGAAAACUGAAAAGGAACAAGCACUGGCGGCGCAAAAGGCAGCAGAGGAGGCCGAACGCGAGGAGCUGCGCAAGGACCAUAUACGUGACUGGGAUAGAGACAAGAGCGGUGUGGCUAAAAAGUCCGAUGAUGAGCAGCCAGUACCAGAGGAAUGGCAAUACAAGCCCGAAAGGCUGCCAAUGUCCCAGGAGCAGUGGAACGAACAGCAGCGCGCCGUACGUGCCCCUGAAUUCGCGCCCAUGCCAGAAAUGGCGCCGAUGCCAAAGCGCAUCAACUUUAGCAGCAUGCCACCACCAGUUCCCAUGUUGUCCAGCAGUGAACAGGAGUUCAACAGCUACCAUUCCACUAAACGCGAAAAGCAAUUCCAGCGCCGAAACUACACAAAAGCCAGUGACGAUAUCGAUGAUGAAGAAGCAUCAGCAAGCAGCUCCAUGCACGCCCAGCAUCAGGGCACCGCCAUACCUCCACCUGCUUGUCUCGAAGAGGGUUUUAGCGGGCCGCCAACAGCCAAGCGUGCGAAAUCACAAGCUGAACUUGAACGCUCCAUUGAGGCGGGUCUUAGAUUUCUGCGCGAGAGUUGCGACAAGGGCGUGCUGGGCAGCAAGGCUACCUGGACGGCCAAGGCGGACUAUUAGUUAAUCUAGCUAUUAAGUUCGAUUGUAAUUUAUUGCUUUGUAUAAACAAAUUACUAUAGAAAACGCGUAUGCCUCGACAAGUUUUCUAUUGUCUGUGUUUAAAUAUACCUAGAUUAUUUUAUGCAUACAAUUCA